AUGGCGGGCACUGCGGAUGUAGUCAGCCCGGCGCUCGAAAGUACAACAAAAUCAACACAAAGCGAGGAGGGACCAGGCCUAUUCCGCUUACCACAAGAGAUACGCCAGCAGAUAUAUGAGGAAAUAAUUACGUACGCCAGCAAUUUUAUUUACAGGUCUACAGCCCAGUUCAAAGAAGCACGGGACGACCACAAAAUUAUUCACAUGAAGCGGAAAAAUAAAAGGUUGAGAGAGUUACAGAAAAAAGAUGGAGUUUGUGGUAUCACGUUUGGGGUCGCCCCUUUUCCGAAGUUCGUGGAUGGCGGCUACGACACCAUAAACUUGCUUCUUGUCAGCAAAACGUUUUCGGUGGAUAUAAAGUCCGCAGCGGACCACAUCAGGCGAAAGAUAAACUCGACUAUCUCGAAAUGUCUGACAGGCCCAAACUCCUACUCUCAGUUCUGGUCGGGGGAUCAUUUAACCCCAUAUGCACUAGAAAUCAUCGGAUCGAGUCGCCAUAUUUUCGCUGGCUAUGGCCACAAUACAACUACUACCGCACUGUCAAUGCCUCCAAAGGUCCGGGAUAAUAUCAAGAGUAUCUUCUUGACGGCGUUUGUCUUUUCCUACUAUUACACCAGAAACUGGGGCUCGUCCGGCGCCGGUUCCUCACAAAUAUUCACAACGUUCUUUCCGCCUGUUUUCAAGCAAUUUAUCAACUCUUUUUCCAACUGCGAAAUUCUAGCUGCAGCCUGUGGCAUCCACGGAUCAAGAAGCCAGAUACCAACCCGAGAUCAUUACAUACUACAGUACAUCAAAAAUGCAUUUCAUGGUCAAGUCCUGUUAAAAUCUAACUUGAAGUUUAUGGAACUAGUGUACCGUCAGGAUUUGGAUUUGGAUUAUAGGACUAACUCGACCAGUCAAUGGAGUAUAGAUGUGUGGGAUGGAUAUAUCGGGGAUUACAAUGCGGUUCAGGUACCCGAACUAGAGCUGGAAGGUAGAGGAAGGUACUGGGCUGAAUAUGAGCAUAUAUCUGAUGAGUUCCGAGACUUACUUGUAGAGGGGACUGUAUGGAGGAUACAGAAGGAAAGGGUCCCUUUGUCUGAUAGAUCCCAGGCAGUUCCGAUCUCAGACUUUGAGGACCCGUUUGUCGAUCUUUGCGCGGACGAAAUAUUCGAUGGAGAUGACGUUAUCGAGGCCGAAGCCCAACGGGAGCCGAUAAUGUGGGAAGAGAGAUGUUGGGGAAAGGCAUGUGAUUGUGGGAAUAACUGCGAUAUCUAUACGGGGCGAAAGAGUAUAACCUGCAAAUCUACUUGUACUACGACUUGA